AUGCCUUUUAAGGAGUCCCCUGAGGAAGCUCUUGGGAACUCAUAUUAUAUAGCUAAGAAGUGCUUUUUAAAUCUAGAGAAAAAAUUUGCUAAGAAUCCUAGUCUUAAGAUUAAAUACAAGGAGUUCAUAGAUGAGUAUGCUAAUUUAGGACAUUUAAGAGUUUUAAAAAAUAAACCUGAGUUCGGAUAUUAUAUGCCCCACAUACAUAGGGAAGUUGUUGCUACUCUUGAUUCAGCACAAUUGCCUUUAAGAAAAUUCAGAACAAAUUGUCCUAGCUUAUUUGAAAAUGAUGAUGAUACAGCCAAAUUUGUAGAUUUUAAUAAGGAAUCUAGUGUAUUAGGUCUUAUUUGGUGUCCUAAGUCUGAUAAUUUACUAUUUUCCACAGAUUUACAGCAUUCUGCUCAAAUAACCAAACGCCCGGCGUACUCGCCUCACUUCGGGGGCAUAUGGGAAGCAGGAGUCAAGUCGGCAAAGUUUCAUUUAAAACGCACGGCCGGUAAAGCUUCCUUGACGUUCGAGGAGCUUGCUACGUUAUUAGCACAAGUCGAGGCCAUACUUAAUUCCCGUCCUCUGUCUCCCCUAUCUUCCGAUCCUACCGAUCCUACACCACUUACCCCAGGGCACUUUCUUGUCGGGCGACCUCUCACGUCGUUACCGUCGGCACCUAUUAAUACGAAGAGUCCAAAUCGUUACCAACUUAUAGAGAAAAUCAGACAAGACUUCUGGCAAAGAUGGCGCCGGGAGUUCGUCGCGGAGCUGCAGCAACGCACGAAAUGGAAAACCAGGCAGCAUGAGCUUCGUGUGGGUGAUCUGGUGAUCCUAAAAGAAGAAAAUGUUCCCCCACUGCAAUGGAGACUCGGCCGUGUCACACGUUUGUAUCCUGGGACGGAUGGAGUCAGCAGGGUGGCCGAUGUCAUGUCUUCCAGAGGCACAGUACGAAGGGCUGUGAACAAAAUGUGCAUCCUACCAAGUUCAGCCCCAGCAGACACGACACUGAUCAAUGAUGACAAGGAUGCUGCCGAGAAUAAAGAAGCUUGA